CAUAAAUUGAAUCUUUGCAUAAUUAAAAUUAGUCUAUGUUAUCAUUUAAUGAAGUUGUGAAAUGGGAAUGGCUGCCAUUUAACAACAACAUUGUUCAUAAUGGGCAAACUCUUAGAAUAGAAGCAUCUAAAGUUAUCAAAUAUUAAAACUCAAAUCAAGGCUAUGAGCUAGAUUUAAAGUUAUGGAAGCCCUUUCCAUUCAGCACCAAUAUUGGAUGGAAUUGGCACAAAUCCUGGAAUAUCCCAGAAUUAGAGUGUUAAUUGAAAGUAUAUAAUAAGGUCAUUAACUUUUAGAUUGAUAAUGAUUUGGACCAUCAUAUACUGAAUACACUAACAAUAGUGGCAAAUCUCUAUAUUGUGAAACAUAAUUAUGAUAAAAUGGAAAUGGAAAGCAUAGGAUGCAAAGGAAGUCCUGAAGGUGUCUUUAGAAAUGGAAUUUCAAUAUUAAGAUAAUUAAAGUUCAACACAACAUCAUAUAAGAAUGAAGUACUAUUUAUAAAUAAAUAUUUAAGUAUCAAAAGUUCCAAAUAGUUGUGGUAAUUAGUUAAAUCAGUAGCAGCCAGUAGUCCGUUAUCGAUGCUAAAUGUUCUCCUUAUAUAUUUGUAGAUUCUAGAAAACAUGCUAGGUAACAAGCUCUCAAUAAUAAUAUUUAACUUAUUAUUGAUCCCUUUUUACCUGAAAAUUUAGAUAAAGAAUUUGUAAAAAAGGAGAGAAAAAAUUAACCUAAAAGUUUAUUAAAAGUUGAUAAUACAAUCCAAGGCUUAAUUAAUUACUUCACAGCCCCUAAUAUAAGACAUAAAAUCAAACACCCGUUAUUCUUAGCAAUUAAAUUUGAUAAAUGUGUAAAACUCUACCUAAAAAAAUAAUAUUUUGCUAAAAAUUCAAAAGAUGUCAUCUUAAAAGUUUAAAGUAUUCUGAUGAAAUCAAGAUAAGAUACCGAUAAAGGAAUGGCUUUACUAUUUUAAAUUGAUUAAACUAAUGAACUUGAAUUCAAAAAAGUAAUUUUUUUUUAAUUAUAAAGGUUUAUGAAAUCACUUAAAUCUUUGAAAACGAUAUAUUUAUGCUCUAUACUAAGCAAGAUUAGAUUCCUGAAGGUUAUACUCCAAUCGAAGAUAUUUCAAGAAUGAAGUAUCAUUAUAAAUAAUUGUAUCCGAAUUUGAUAAAUCAAAAAAGUGGAGUGAGUUUUCAAUCUGAAAAUUAAGAAGAACAACCAAUUUUAAAAUAACCAAAAUUAAAUGAGAAGGAUUAUGAAAACUAAAUAGAUACUCAUUUAUAAAUUAAAUAGUGUUAAUAAUAAAUAUAGUAAUAAGAGGACUAUAAUUAUAAUCAAAAUUUUAAUUACAAUAACGAGUUUUGGUCUUAUUAUAAUUAAUAAUAAUAAUAAUAGCAACAACAACAAUAACUAUAAAUUUAAUAAUAAUAGUAAUGGUUCAACAAUAUGUAGCAACAGCUAUACCAACAACAUCAAUAUUACAUGAUGCAACAAUAGUAAUAUUAAUACAAUAGAUUCUAUUGA